AUGUACAGAGUAGUUACCAUUGCUUUACUGUUGCUUCAUGUGAUAAACUCCGAUGGGUCAACACCACCGGCGAAAUCCCAUGCGCCUGUCUUUUCUCCGGUAUUUGCUCCAGCGAGUCUUCACGCAUCGCCUGACAAGUCUCCGGUCCCUCCGAAAACUUCUCCAGCAAUUACAGCGUCUCCUAAAAGUAGUCCGUUGGUUUCGCCGGUUCAAUCUCCAGCGAGAACUCCGCCGACGACUUCCCUUUCGCCGGCUAGGAAUCCGUCGUUCAAUGGCGGUGCUCCGGUACCAUCUAAGAAUACUCCUGAAACGCCGGUGAACAUCCCUGCAAUAUCCCCUAAAGCAUCAUCAAAGGUGCCGGAGUCUACCCCUUUUGUCUCGCCGAUAAAUUCUCCUACGCCAACGCCGUCAUCCAAUGUGGCUGCUCCGAUUCCAUCGGCAAUGAUUCCUCAGCCAGGAUUUGAAACUCCGGUGACCACUCCAGCAGUAUCCCCUAAGGCAUCGUCAAAGGUGCCGACGUCUACUCCGUUUGUCUCGCCGAUAAAUUCUCCUGCGACUACACCGUCAUCCACUGUCGCUGCUCCGGUUCCAUCUGCAGAUACUCCUCGUCCAAAAUUUAAAACUCCGGUGAUCAUUCCUGCAAUAUCACCAGUGCCGAAGUCUCCUAAAACGAGACCGUCCGCUUCUCCAGCGACCACCUCUUCACCGGCACUCACCCCAUCAUCCAUUGUGGUUGAAAAUCCAGUAAGUGCUCCUAUAUUCUCCCCUCCGGCAGCUUCACCAGAAGAAAUUCCGGCAAGAGCCGUGACUCCAUCAAUAUCCUCAAGUGUUCCUUCAACUUCAAUAACCCCAUCAGAGGCACCAUAUAUGUUACCUUCAAGCAGUAGCUCUCCGAUUCCAGCACCGGCCAAUUUUCCGCCGGAGGGAUCACGGAGCAUUGUGACUGAUACAUCCGCGGGAACUUCAAAAUUUGAGGCGCCAAUUUAUCUAAGUGGGCUUGCUAUUUGGGCUGCUUUGUUAAAUUGA